UCUGCAUCGAACACAAUCUAAAAAUCUAAAUGAUCUAAUUUGACCUUAUACCUUAUAUUGCAGUGUGAUGAAUAAUUUACCUCUUAUUUAUUCGUGAACAUUUAUAAAUUCAACGGAAAAGAAAAAAAAUUUUGAAAUUUUGGCUGUGUUAAUUACUUUGGCAGUACUGUGUGCAUUGAUGUUUUCAUAUUCUUUUCACGGAAAGUAUAUUUUAUGGAAGAUAAAAUGUCAGAGUCGGACAUAUUUGAUGAGAAACGUUCUACAAGUUUAUUUUCGAAUGAAAAAUUAUCAACAAACCUCAGCAUGGACAUUGCCAAUUCAGACUCAGAUUCCAUGUCUAUUUAUAUUAAUGAACCAGAAUUCUCGGAAGACGUACCUGAAUGGAAGGGAAUGAGCAUGAAUGAAAUACGUAAAGGUUUUGGCAUAUAUGAAUAUCGAGAACAUCCACCAAUUGUUCCUUCUACAAAGCAUACAGUGCUGUUUAGGUUACCAUUAUCUACACAUGAACCACCAAAGCCUUAUCCGACGCAUAAAAUAGACAAAUGGAGCCAUGGAUAUGUACGAUUGCCAUGUUCUGCACAUUGUAUUUACCCAGUUGAUCAGAGAAAUGGAGAUCGUGGUUGUCGAAAUAGGUGGGAUAUGAUCCAGGAAGCUUUGCUAAGAAGCAUUCUCUCCAGUCAACAAUUAGAAAAUGCUAUACUUUCAUAUAAUCAAAUAUAUGCACAACGUUGGAAUUUUUCAGCACUUCAUCAUUUUUUUUCAGAGAUUUUGGAUCCAGAAGAGACAGCUGUUUUCUUCAAAACUUUAAUGCCAAAAAUAAUCCAACUUGCUCUGCAACUUCCUAUGCUGUUAACUGGUGCGAUACCUCUUCUGAAACGUCAUACUAAUGGUUUUAUUAGUUUAAGUCAACUGCAAGUAGCUUCGCUACUAGCAAAUGCAUUUUUUUGUACAUUUCCUAGACGUAAUUCCAGUAAUCCACAAUCGGAAUAUGCAACAUAUCCAUAUAUUAAUUUUAAUAGAUUGUUUGCUGCUUAUAGUGAGGAAAAACAUAAUCAGUAUGAAUCAGUGAUGGAAAAAAUCAAGUGUCUGCUCCAUUACUUUAGGAGAGUAACAGCUAAAGCACCUGAAGGUGUAAUAACAAUUGAACGGCGUUAUAUUCCUCGUGAAAACUGUCCGAAAUGGAACUUGCAGAAUCAAAAAUUAUCAUCACUGCAUAUAACAAGUAAAGGGACCAUUGAAAAUGAAGGCGCUGGAUUACUUCAAGUGGAUUUUGCAAACAAAUAUGUGGGCGGAGGUGUGCUAGGCUUAGGAUGUGUACAAGAGGAAAUACGAUUUGUUAUAUGUCCAGAGCUUAUGGUCACUAUGUUAGUUACGGAAGAAUUAGAUGAUACUGAGGCUCUCAUCGUCAGUGGUAUCGAGCGAUACAGUAAAUAUGAAGGUUACAGUAACACUUUUAAGUGGAAAGGAGAUUUCAUUGAUGAGACACCAAGGGACGACAGUUGCAGGCGUAUGACGUCAAUCGUUGCCAUUGAUGCUCUUUAUUUUAGACAGCCCUCGUUGCAGUUCAAAAUCGAUAAUAUAACUCGUGAACUUAAUAAGGCUUACGUUGGAUUUGUCGGAUCUGAUAUUUAUAAGAAUAAUCUAUCCGCUAUUGCAACGGGAAACUGGGGAUGCGGAGCGUUUCGUGGAAAUCCGAAGUUAAAAGUAUUGAUACAAUUAAUGGCUGCUGCAGUUGCAGGUCGAUCUAUGGUUUACUUUACUUUCGGAGACACAAUGUUAAGAGACGAUGUGGCAGCAAUGUAUGCACAUUUAGUUCAACAUGAUAUUGAUAUAGCACGACUUUAUUCAAUGAUGUCAGAAUAUCAUCAAGAAUCUGUAUCAAGUGACCAUUCGGAUUUUUAUCGUUUUUUGUACAACAAAAGCAGGAUAAAGCCGUUGAGCAAAUAUUUUCCGAUAAAAAAUAAAAAUUCCUCAGCAAAUAUUUUUGCCAAAAACUCGAAUGAUACAUUAUCUGAAAAAAGCAAAAAUGUGGCAUUAAAUAAAAAUGUUUUUAACAAGCAUCUUUAUGAAAUGACAGAAGAAGAAAAGAUAAUAAAUUGGCUGGCCAGUUGCGAUGACGAUAACGACGAUAAUACUAAACUCGAUAUAAAGGACGCGUGUAAUGAGAAAACUAAGAACAAUCUGAAAGAAUCAAACAAUGUUAAAGAAAGCAGUGAUUUACAUUUUGUAAAUGAUAUUAUCGGAGAAAACAAAAGUCAGGGAGAUAAAGUAUUAUGUAAGUUGAACAAAGAUGUAAAUUUUUCAAGUUUGAAACAGUCGAUUACUCAACAUUCUAUUGACGAUCGAGAUACGUCAAAGAAUAUCAAAUUCGAAUCGUCGGAAUUUAAUGGUAGUGAGUCUAUUAAAAUUUUACGAGACUAUUCUGUUUCGGAAUCCUAUAAACAAGAAUCACUUUCGAGAAAGAGCCAAAGGGAAAUCUCGAACGAACGAGAUACGUCAAAGAAGAUCAAGCCCGAAUUAUCGUUGGAAUCGUCAAAACUAAAUGACAGUGAAUCUAUUGAAAUCUUAAGAGAUUAUUCCGUUCCGGAAUCACACAAACAAAAAUCACUUCCGAGAAAGAGCGGCCAAACGAAGAUCUCGGAUUUUUUCCACCGAAUAUCAUAAAUAAUACUGAAUAAUCAUUUUUUUCAAUAUAAUGUUAAUCUGCUCUCACAGAUUUUAUUCACGAUUGUAAACAUUUUCUAUAUAUUCCGUAAUCUUAAACUAAAUCACAAGAUGUAAAUAAAAUUCGAUGCAAAAUAAUUAUACGAGCAUCUGA